CUCCUCCUAUUCUUGCGUCCAAUUAAUUAUUAGGGUCUGGCCCUUUAAGACGGAGCAGAGGGUCAGCAAGUGGCGUAGAGUUUCUCUAAUUGAACUUCGCCCAAUCAACAACAACUCGUUAGCGGUCUUCUGUUUUUUGCGCUUCGGCUUAUUUUUGCGUGUGUAGCGACUCGGCCCCGUGGCCAGUGUCAUUUUCACUUCACAAACGAAUUCAUGGGACCCCUCGGAAAAAGUGGGAUUGCUCCAAGCGCAGUGGGGCUCGGGUGCCUGUGAGAGCACAGCGCACUCCUGAAGCAAUGCUGUUGUCGGACGAGAGACUUAGACCGAACAUUGCCAGCGGAUCCGUUUAAAAGACAACGAUACGAACCUGUGAGAAAGAGAUUUUUAUGCAGAAAAAAGCAAUCGUGGUUGCUGUUCGAAAUAGAAAACUUUUAAAAACACUUUAUCAUAGGACUGUCAUGACCUCCAGUAAAGAUAUGAAGACAGGCUCGGUGUUGCAAUCGAGCAGCGAGGAGAGGAGACGGGGUGCGUUAGAUCAGCUGCCACCCCCCGCUAACUCCAACAAGCCUCUAACCCCGUUCAGCAUUGAGGAUAUUUUGAACAAACCGUCCGUGAAGAAGUCGGUGACGAGUCUGUGUCCGCCGCGCGUGCUCGAGAAGGUGGCGGGAGCGAACGCAGUGCGGAACGGUCUGAGCACUCCCUCUUCCCCCUUAUGCGCUCUGGAAGAGUUAGCGAGCAAAACUUUUAAAGGGCUUGAAGUCAGCGUUAUACAAGCAGCAGAAGGUCGCGAGCACAUGAACGCGUUCGGCCAGAGACAGGUGUCGAAAAAGCGGCGGAAGUCGCGCACGGCCUUCACCAACCAUCAGAUCUACGAGCUGGAGAAGCGUUUCUUGUACCAGAAGUACCUCUCGCCGGCUGACCGUGAUCAGAUCGCGCAGCAGCUUGGCCUCACCAACGCACAGGUCAUCACCUGGUUUCAGAACCGACGAGCUAAGCUCAAGCGAGACCUAGAGGAAAUGAAGGCAGAUGUCGAGUCGCUGAAGAAGAUCCCCCCGCAGACGCUGCAAAAACUCGUGUCUAUGGAGGACAUAGAGGAUGCGCACGGCGGCUCGGCUCCGAUAUCCCCGAGCGCGUCACCGCCAGCACACGGCCUCAGAGUCUUCCCUCAGUCACCGCCUUCGUCCCGAGGCCAAACCACAGACGAGUUCUCCGAAGAGGACGAAGAGAUCGAGGUGGACGAUUGAGACCUGGCCCAGUCAUUUUCUGUACCGGGCGUCCCUUUUUGAAAUGUCCUCACUGCUGCCUGCAGCAGAAGAACAGCCGUUUUUAUCCACACAACUUUUGCACGAAUGUUGAACUCUGCGAAAGAACUUUAAAACUGAAAGGAUGUUUUUUUUCCAUCCCUCUCUCUCUCUCAUGUUUUAAUUUAUUGCAAGGAUUGUAAAAGCCUCCAAGACUGACGACGAGCUGAAAAGGAGUACAUUUUCAUUCAGUAGGAUAUGAAAAGUGAUUAGUGAUUGUGGUACAAGAUCACGAAUGCAACAUGUGUAUGUAGGUUUAAUGGUUUAUUUUAUGCAGGGGAAACUUGUGCAAUUGUUUUGUUCCGCAGUUCGUCAGUGACAUCACACCAACAACAUUACUGUUCUAGCUGCUAAUGAUACGCAUCUGCCAAAUGUGAUUUUUUUUUUCAACUAAUUUCUCAAAUAUAUAGUCAUAUUUAUAUUUAUACAAUGUCAAGAAGGAUGUCAAUUAGGCAUGGGGAUUGAUUUUUCAUUUUGCUGAAAAUUAAUAUUCCCAAUGACAAUAUUCCCUGAAACAUUCUCCCCCUCAUGAGCGAUCUAGUUGUAAUUCUGGUCCUUAGCUCUGGAUAAAAAGUCACUUUUAACUAAAGAACUUAAUAGCCAAAUUAUCUAAAUAACGGGGGGGCAAGUUGUGUGUAUAAAUCAACUUAUGAUGCAUUUACGCGAUAAAGUUAUUGUAACAUUCUA